AUGACGCUCAAGGAAGAAUUUCAGACCCGGAAUUUCAGUAUCUACGGACAAUGGCUCGGAAUCUUGUCCAUGAUUCUUUGUUUCGCGACCGGGCUGUCCAACAUCUUUACGCUCUUCUCUAAAUAUGCACUCUUGAUUAUCUUCUGCGCCCUCGCUCUGGCAUCAUCCCUCAUCAUCUUGUUUAUCGAGGUGCCGCUGCUGCUCAGAAUCUGCCCGACGUCCUCCAAGUUCGACGAGCUCAUCCGCAAGGUCAGCUCCAACUACAUUCGAGCAGGCACCUACCUCACCAUGGCCAUUGUCCAGUUCCUGAGCACCAUUAUCGUGAGCUCGAGCUUAAUUGCUGCGGCAGUUUUCUUGCUGCUGACGGCCAUCUGCUACGGCCUUGCUGGAUUCAAGGGCCAGGCCUUUAUUGGCAGCAAGACUCUUGGCGGCGCGGGUAUUGCCCAAAUGAUUGUCUAA